AUGAGUGAGAAGAUCUUGAUCGUCGAUACCCUCGAUCGCGCUGCAGGGUCUCAGUGCAGCCGCCUAAGUAAAGUCUUGCACAAGCUUGGUCUUGCAGGUAGCUCGGCGGGGCUGCGAGAAGCGCUGGCGGCUCCGGAAUGCAAAGAAAGUCGGCGGAUACAGGUCGCGACUCGGCAUCGUAGUUCGAGGGGUGAUGCCGGGGAGAACGAUACAGAGGACGACAAGUGCAGUUUUGGCUGUUUUGGCCCGUUCACAUCACGACGGCCACGCCCUCAGGGAGCAGCUUCUCCAAGGAGGAAUGCCAACACUUCCUCAAAAGCCCGGUUAAGCUCGCGGAAAGAUGAAUCCCAGUCAUUACCGGGCAACUCCAGUUAUGCACGCAUAACGAGCAGAAGACGCUUUAAAACGAGGAGUGCCACACGGGCUCGCCAUCCUGAGGUGAAGCACGGCACGGAGGAUGAAACAGUCGCGCUGUCACAGGAGGCAUGUUGCUGCCGCUCCGCUGAUGCUGGAAGACGUCGUGGGGUGGCAUGUUUCGAAGCAGCGAGGAAUACAGCACUUCGGUGGUCAGCACACUGUCGUGCAGAAGAAAAUUGUGAUAUGUGUAAAUUCGUGGCUCAUCGUCCCCUCUCCAAACCACAGCUGAAGGUAGAUGGCAGGGUCCUGAAGCCGGCGCUCGUCACAAGGGGCUGCUGUGCGAGUCGCUUCUUCCAAUCGGAUAUCCGAUCGGGGUAUGCAGGGGCUGACAUCGUCAAGCACAAAGCGAAGCAGGUUAUUGUUGAUGCCGUCGUCUAUGUUUGCCAGUAUUCACCUGAGGAUGCGCCCAAAGACGUCCGCAGUUCUAACGUCCAGUGUAUACCGGUUAUCGUGCUCACACAUCCCGAGGCGAUAACGAGGGAGGCAGAGUCGAAACUUAUUCUGGGGGCCACCCCAAGCGAGAAAAUUGUUGGUGAAUGUCCGGACGCCGGGAGCGUGGCUAAUCAAAUGGAAACAUGA